ACAUAAAUAAAGCUCAUUUUUUAUCGGCGAUUAGUGAUGUGCAAAAUAUUAUGUAUUAUUAUAUAGUAGUUGUUUAAAAGUUACUUGAUUUUAAUAUCAACAUAUAUUAAUAAUAAUUUGUAUAAAAUUGUUAAAGGCCGCGAAUCAUUAAAUAAAAUGUUAUACUAUUUCUCUAAAAUAUAUAUUUUAGUUUACUAUGGCAACAUUGACACACUUGAAGACAUUGCAUCCCUGCCAAUAUUUGACAUACGGCAUUUGCCGUCAGGUGUGAAAAAUAUAUUUUCACAUUAUUGAAAGAAUAACAAUUAUUUUAUUUUGCGAAUAUUGUUACAAAAAAAGUCUGAUAUUAUCAGAAACGCCAAAAUGGAAAAACCGAGGGCAAAAGUGACGAGUGAAGAUAUUGCUGACGGAGAAGUUGGUGGCAUCAAAAAUGAUGGUUAUACAACAGGAUGUGCUGACUGUGAACCCAAAUGCAAAGUAGUAAAGCUUAGCUCAGAAGCAAACAUCAUAGCUGACUUAACACUUAAUCACUCAUACACAACACCAACAUUUACAGAGCAACUAAAAGCCGAAUGGAGCUCCCAAGAGAAACAAGACUUUCACGAUUUGCCAACGGAUGUAAAAGUUUUUAGAGAUCCCUUUCAAGUUUGCCUGCUACCAGAUCUACUACAAAAUAAAAUUACAUGUCGACAACUUGUGGAUGAAAUGGUCCAAAAAGUUCAAUGGUCUCGCAAACAAAUGGAUUUGUACGAAUUUUAUCAAAGUACAGACUUGUCCAAUAUGGCUAGUUGUAAAUUAUUAACAAGUUUCCUGCAAAUUCUACGACGGACCGUGCGACCAUGGCUGGAGGCCUUGACAGGAUUAAAAUUAGAUUAUGUGUCUGCCUCUUGCUCUAUGUACACCUGCGGGGAUUACUUAUUGGUGCACGAUGACUUACUAAAAGACCGACAAAUAGCUUUUAUAUACUAUCUGUCACCUUGGGAAAAUGCGGAACAGUGGCGCGAAGAUCAAGGAGGUUGUUUAGAGCUUUUCAACAGUGAUGAUCGUUGCUUUCCAUUAUUCCCCGUAAAAAGAAAAAUAUCACCUAAAAAUAAUCAAUUUGCCUUUUUUAAAGUCGGCUCACGCUCAUUUCAUCAAGUUGGCGAAGUGACAUCAUUUGACUAUCCACGGCUGACUAUUAACGGUUGGUUUCAUGGUGCGUCUAAUGACGACUUGAUCUCUGACAUAAUGCGACCAUUUGGAAAACAAGAGUUCACAUCACCAGUAAAUAAACUUCCGAUAAAUAUAAAUGAACUGUUAAACGAGGUGUACUUAAAAGCCCAAACUAAAAAAAGCAUACAAAAACGCAUCGAAGACAAUUCAGAGAUUUGUUUAUAUGAAUUUCUGAGACGUGAAAUAUUCGAACAAGCUUUAGAUCAGUUGUUGCACGACGACACCUUAAAAUGGCGUCUGGAAGGACCAGCGAAUGCACAUAAUUAUGAAGUGCUCGAUCUUGAUACGGCCAGUAAAUCUAUAUCUCGUUUGAUUUCACUUUUUUCAAGUAUCGAAAUCUUUACCUUACUACGCGACUACACCGAUCUAGACUUGGCUGGACCGAAUGCUAUUAAUCCAACAUAUAAUCUGCAGAUACAACGUUGGUCACACGGCAACUACACUGUUCUCGGUGACGGAGCCAUAUGUGAUGAGAACACACUGGACCUAAUUUAUUACCUUAACGCCAGUGAAGGCGCUGCUAUUGUUACCUAUCUCUCGCCCGAAGCGGAUGAACCGCUGGAAAAGCAUAGAAAUGAAGAUUCUGACUUCGACGAGGAAGAGGAUGAUUCUGUACUUUUAACAAUUACGCCAGUCGAUAAUGCGCUUAAUAUUGUAUAUCGUUGUGAAGGCACAACAAAAUUUACCAAAUACGUGUCGCGCAAUACGCCACUGGAACGAGGGCCAGUGCACGUGAUUUCUUGCAGUUAUAAAGAAUAGUUCGUGCUAAGAAUCUACGAUUCCUUUAGCAGCGCGACGCACAAAUAUCUUUAAUCUUAUGUGUUAUCAAUAUGAUAACAGUAAUUAUAUUUUAGUUAACUACAAAGGCUUGUGUGUUAAGUCACAUUCAAAGAAGGGCAACCGAAUAACGGUAAACGGAAAUUAUAAUGAAGUAUGCACGAGUUCGUAAUGCAAGUAAAACAGAAUUUAUACCUCCUAUUAAUUAUUUUGUUAAAAUAUAAUUAUUUAAUACAGAAAUAAAAAAUAAAUAUGUAUUAGUUGUUCCAAA